AUGUUUCCCCGCAACACCGCCAGCCCGCUGCUGCCGGCGAAGCGGAAGGCUCCGCCGGAAGACCGGCAGCAGCAGCAGCAUCAGCAGCAACAGCAGCAGCAGCAGCAGCAGCAGCAGCAGCAAGCCUUGUCUGUUGCUCCUCUGGAGUCUCAUCAUCUAUACAGACAGCUAUUCACGCAGCAGCAGCAGCAGCAGCAACUGCUGCUGCAGCACCGCUCUGACCUGCAGAUUGUACAGAGCCUACUGGAGCUGUGGCAGCAGUAUGCUUUGUCUGUCUGCGGCAUCGAGGCCUCAGCAGCAGCCAGCAGCAGCAGCAGCAGCAGCAGCAGCAGCAGCAGCAGCGGCAGCAGCAGCGGGAAGAGCAGGAAGCAGAAGGGGGGGCCCCCAGGGGGCCCCCAGGGGCCCCCUGGGGGGCCCCCUGGGGGGCCCCCCAAGAUGUCUGCGUUCAGCCGCUGCGCUGCUGCAGCACAGAUGGACCUGCAUGGGGCCUGGGUGUCUAUACACCGCAGCAAGAGCGCGUCUCUGUGCGGCAUCUCGGGGCUUGUUGUCCUCGAUACGCAGCAGGGGAUGCCUCCAACUUCACUGCCUUUGGGGGGCGGAGUCCGCUGGCGGCUGCUGCAGACCCUGGACCCUGCUGCUGCUCGUCAGCUGCAGCAGCAGCAGCAGCAGCAGCAGCAGCAGGAACAGGAGCAGCAGCAGCAGCAGCAGCAGCAGCAAGGGCCUGGCCGACCCCGUGACCCUUAUAGGCUGCUCCCUGUGCCCACAACACCCAGCAGCAGCAGCAGCAGCAGCAGCAGCAGCGACAGCAGCGCCAGCAUCUAUGAGAGCAGCAGCAGCAGCAGCAGCAGCUACAGCAGCAGCAGCUACAGCAGCAGCAGCAGCUCCAGUAGUAGCAGCAGCAGUUCAAGCAGCUCAAGCCCCAGCAGAUGCGUGUACGACAGCAGCAGCAGCAGCAGCAGCAGCAGGACAGCAGCAGCAGCAGAACCAGCAGCAGCAGCAGCAGCAGCAGCAGCAGAGACAGAAUCCUUGUCAGUAGGCCCAUGGCGUUUCAAAAAGGAGACAGCAGCAGCAGUGCUGCAGCAGCUGCCGCUGCUGCAGCAGGCAGGUCUAGCUGGUCUUCUCUCUGAGGGUGUACAUACACCCGAAACCCUUUGCUGCUGUCCGCAUGCAAGUUGCUGCUUAGCUGCUUACUGUGGGGCCCCAGCAGCAGCAGCAGCAGCAGCAAGGGCCCUACAGACUCUAACACCUCCCCCUUCCUGGGGUGGCCCCCAGGGGGCCCCUGCUGUAGGGGGCCCCCAGCAGCGGGGGGCCCCCGCAGGGGGCCCCCAAGAGGAGGAGGGGGGGCCCCCUGACCCUGUGCUGCUGCUGUUUAGGGGGUUUUGCUGCUGCGUUUCUGAGGCCCUACCCCCCACACAUGAAUUAGGUGUAUCUGCAGCUCUGCUGUAUGAGCUGCUGACGGCGGGGGGCAGGGGGCCCCCCUGUCCCCCUGACCCCCAAGCAGCAGCAGCAGCAGCAGCAGCAGCAGCAGCAGCAGAUGCAGCAGCAGAUGCAGCAGCAGCAGCAGCAGCAGCACUGGAGACACGCGGCAGCAGACAGAACUGCAGCAAAACCUCUCCCUGCUGCUGCAGCGCGGCAGCAGCAAACAGAACUGCAGCAAAACCUCUCCCUGCUGCUGCAGCGCGGCAGCAGCAAACCCAGCAGCAGCAACAGCAGCAGCAGCAGCAGGAGGAGCAGGAGCGAGAGGGGGAGGAGGAAGAAGAAAAGAGAGAAGGAGAAGCAGCAGGUUUGCUGCUGCCUGCUGCUGAUGUCUCCUUGUCUGCUGCUGCUGCAGCAGCACGUGUUGCUGCUGCAGCAAUUGUUAGUGAGGUGCAGCAGCUAGAAGGUUUAAUGCAGGAGGAGACAGCAGCAAAGGAGACACCUGCUGCUGCUGCUGCUGCUGCUGCUGCUGCUGCUGCUGCUACCACAGCAGCAACAGAACUGCAGCAAAACCUCUCCCUGCUGCUGCAGCGCGGCAGCAGCAAACCACGCACAGCAGCGAAGCGUGCUGCAGCCUGCCGCGUGUUGCCGCCUGCAAAGGAGGGAAGGUCUCGUGCAGCAGCAGCAGCAGCAGCAGCAGCAGCAGAUCCUGCUGCUGCUGCUGCUGCUGCUGGCCUGACGCUACCGAAGUGGGGAAUGCUGCAGCAGCAGCAGCAGCAGGAGCAGCAGCAGCAGCAGCAGCAAGAGGAGGAGCCGCUGCCGUGGCUGCAUAGAAUAUGCUGGGAGAUAACGGGCGGUGCUGCUGCUCAGGCGAGGCUUGAGCAGCAGCAGCAGCAGCAGAAGCAGCAGCAGCGGCUGGCGCGGCGGCUGGAACCGCAGCAGCAGCAGCAGCAGCAGCAGCAACAGCAGCAGCAGCAGCAGCAGCAGGAUGUCCCUGAAGAGCUGCUACCCCUAUGCCGAGACACAGCAGAGCUGAUGGCUGCAGUGCUGAGCACAGUUGCUGCUGCACAUGAGCCUGGAGCAGCAGCAGCAGCAGCAGCAGCAGCAGCAGCAGCAGGAGGAGCAGCAGCAGCAGCAGGAGACACAGCAGCAGCAGCAGUUUCUGACAGUCUGCUGCAGCUGCUGGGGCCCUCCAGCGUAAGCGAAGUUCACAAAAUAGCAGCAAGAGGAGCAGCACUCGUUGAUGCAGCAGCAAGGCUGCAGGCAGCAGCAGACAACAAGCAGCAGCAGCAGCAGCAGCAGCAGCAGAAAAGGAGGGGACCCACACUUAUUGGAGCUUCGGUGAAGUUUGCUUCUAAUAAGAAAAAAGGCGAUGGGGCCUCGGGGCCCUCGGGGGCCCCCCGCAGCCUUUUGGGGGCCCUGGCGGAUGCUGGGUACAUGAAGCCCCCCAAACCCCCCAAAACAAGUAAACUCCUUGCUGCUGCUGCUGCUGCUGCUGCUGCAGUUGCUGCUGCUGCUGUUGCUGCACUUGCUGCUGCUGCUGCUGCUGCUGUUGUUGGACUUGCUGCUGCUGCUGCGAUUGCUGAUGCUGGUGCUGUUGCUCUUGCUCUUGCUGCUAUUGGUGCUGUUGCUGUUUCCACUGCCCUUGCUGCUGCUGCUGCUGCUGUUGCUGCUGCUGAGCAGCGCCAGCAGCAGCAGCAGCGGGCUGGGUCGCUUCUGCGUCGAGGGUUUUGUUUGACGAGAAUUGCGUGCUGUCUCCGCGGGAGCUUGUGGGGUGUCUCCCCGCGGGGUCUACAGUAA